AAAAUGUGGCCCGAGUCAAAUGAACUGCUGAAUAGGAUGCAGUCCCUUCAAAUAGAUGCUGUAGCAGAGGAUACCAGUAGUGGUCAAGUAGAUCAGCCUAAUUCUCUACACAGCUCUCGAGGUCCCAUGAACAGCCAGGUUAAUGAAGUCCUGUUUACUGCCUCCCCCUAUAAUCAGCCUGUUGAGAGUUGCGAGACUUCAUUUACACCUGCUGAUAAUCUAGAAAGAAAACUUCAGUCUGAAUACAACUACCAUGCGUUUGGGAGCCGAAUGGAUAAAGCAGUUCCACUUGUCAGAUACACCCCUGAGAUGAGAGAGGAAGAAAGGAGACGAAAAGUUUCCCAUGAUCCAUUUGAAAAGCUGUCUCCUACUCCUCUACGCAAUGAAAUGUAUCCAGGAGCUGAAAAAACAGGAUCAAACACUAAUCCGUAUUUUCAGCCACAGCUAAUUCCAGCAAAACCAAAACGGGGAAAUGAAGAUAAUUUUUAUGGGUCAAACCAUAACAGUGUUCUCCCGGGACCCACAGAGCGUAACUACAAAGCGUGCUUAGCCAGAAGCCUUAGCUUAAGUAAACCUCCUGUGCCUGAAUCUGACUCAAACCUGCUGUCACAUCCCAAUAUAAGCUGGUAUCCAAAGAAUGCAGACACAGAUACAGGUACCAAGGAUUCCAAUUCUUUUGCCAGGGCAAAUUUUACAUAUUUUCCUCCUGCACCUCAGUUGCCCAGAGGAAGCACGGAAGAUUCAAUCAAGUACAACAUAAGUAACAUUUCUGGAUUUCAAAUUGGAUCCUACAAUCACAUGAAGAUUGAAGACCACAAUCAACACAUCAGCACUUCACCUAUUGCUACAAAAGCGACUUAUAUGCAUUAUGAAGCAACAGGUAUAUUUGACAAUACCACUGUCCUGACCGACAAACAUCUGAACCUAGUGAGAGAAAAGUUGGCUAAACAGUGGAAGCACUGUGCUCGCAAGCUGGGCUUCUGCAAUUCCGAGAUUGAUGAAAUCGAUCACGACUAUGAACGAGAUGGACUCAAAGAAAAAGUUUACCAAAUGCUGCUUAAGUGGGAAAUGAGGGAAGGCUCCAAAGGUGCCACAGUGGGAAAGCUCGCCAAAGCCCUCUUCGGCUGCCAAAGACUGGAUCUCCUCACUAGUUUGAUGUAUAUCAAUGAGGAGUAA